AUGACGAGCGGCGGGAACGAGCAGUUGCGCGUGGGCAAGUUUAAGGGCCGAACGUACCAGGAUGUUUUCAACUCGGAAAAACAUUAUGUCACGUGGGCGCUUGGCUUACCGGGUCCGAGUGGGGAGAUGCUCAAAUUUCAAACCUACUGCAAGCAGGCCAGCGGCAUGGGUGCCGACACCCGGGUCGGCGCACAGCCAGAUGCCAUGGUGCAGCCGGCGGCAAGCAGCUGGCAGUUGCCGUUCGGCCAGCAGCCGCAACAACCACAGCAGAGGCCCAACAUCAAUACGCAAGGGAGCAACGGGUCCUUUCCCGGCACGAUAAACCAGCAAAAUUUUGCAAAUCAGAGUCAAAAUCUCAACCAAUCUUUCGGGCGGCCCGGUUCGCAAGCUAGCGGCUUCAGCAAUAACCGACCGUCUUCCGGCGGGUUUUCACACCCGGGGACGAACACUCCGGGCGCGUUUGCCGGUGGCGGGUUCGGACAGCAGCAGGGGCAACACCAGGCUGGAUUCGGUCAGCAAGGCUUCGGAGGUCCGGCGCAAUUCGGCGGCGCGCCGUUUGGCAAUGCUGCGGCUUCCUCCUCCUCAACACAAUUUGGAGGAGGCGGCUUCGGGACACAGUUUGGAGCGGGCGGGGGACAAUUCGGAGCAUCAACUGGAAGUGGGCAGUUUGGGGGAGGACAGUUUGCAGCAGGUGGUGCGCCCGCGCCGAGUUCGCAGUUCGGAUUUAGCCAACAGCCGCCACAGCAACAAAUGCCUUCCAUUGUUUCACAACCAUGGGCGAACCGAGGUUAUUAGCGCGCUUUGAAUGUUUACGUAGUCGGUCGGAACACUUGCACUUCCUCCUAGCGUCAAAUAUUUUCCUUCAAUUUAUGUCAUGGCAAAAGAGCACAGCUACGCACUGUCACUUUUUAUUCCUGUUGUAUCCACAUGUCAACAAGUAGUCCAAGCGAAGAACGCAAAAAUCCUCAUCCUCAGGCAGCAGCGCGUCUUCCUCCGCUCAGCUCCCGAGCGCGUUUGCGCAAAUGGCAGGCGCAGGCCUGGGCUCAGCGACAUCGUCCUUCGCAAUGAACGGUAUCAACCACCCCCCUCCCCAAGCCCGUCCAGCAAACCAGCCCCUGAUCUGCUUGAAGAACGAGGUGAAUCUCGAGCUCACUGGGCACCACACCGUCGCGCUGAAGCUCUGCGGCUUUGAAGGCAGCGAGACGUACCGCGCGCUUCGCGAUCUACUUCCCGGCGGCCAAAUUCGGCGCGGGGUGACCAGCUGUCUCGAGUGGCCGAUCAGUUACAAGGAUGCCCUUCUUCAGUCGCUGAACAACCAGUUCCGACAACCCGAGGGCAACAACGAGGACGACAUUGCGCCCUGGAUCCAGAAAAUCCAGACGUUGAUCAAGCAGAAAGAAGAGCGGCAGGCGAGGAACCCGCCGAUCAACGGGCACGUGUUUCACCACUUGCACAAAUUUCAGGACGAGGGCGUGGCUUUCGCGGUGGGGAACAACGGGAAGUGCAUUAUCGGGGACGAGAUGGGGUGCGGAAAGACGGUGCAGUCGCUCGCCACCGCCUGGUACUUCCGCGAGGACAGCUGGCCGGUCCUGGUCGUCUGCCCCUCCACCCUCCGCUCGGUGUGGGCCGAUGAGGUGGAGCAGUGGCUGACCGACCCGAUGAUGCAGUACAAGGGGCGCAAGCCCGUGGCGCAGGUAAUCAAAAAGGGCGCGGACAAACUCGACCAGAACGCCGACUUCGUCAUUGUCAGCUACGCGCUGCUCGCGUCAAAGGACCAUUUUAAAAAGUCCGCGGCGGGACUCCCCUGGAAGAUGCUCAUUGCGGAUGAGGCGCACUACAUCAAGGACCCGAAAUCAAAGCGGGGCGAAGUGGUUUUGAAAAUCGCCAAAGACGCAAAGCUAUCCACGGCAAAAGUGUCGUACUCGUACUAAUUGCAAUGUUGCGUGACAAAUCUACUUUGUAUUUGUUUAGCUGAAUCAGCAUUACAAAGUUUGUUUUCCUUACUGAGAAAAUUUGUGAUGCAAUCUGUACUAAUAGAUAAGAUGACGAUACUUUUGGUUUUGCAAGGCAUAAAAGCGGGCGAUCCUCCUGUCCGGCACACCGGCGCUGAACCAGGCUGCAGAACUCUACCCGCUGCUGGAUAUCGUGUUGCCACCCAAGUCCAUCCCUAACCAAACGCAGUACCAGAAGCGGUUCUGCUUCAAAAUCGAGCAGAACUUCGGGGGCAGACGGGUGAUCAACUGGAAGGGGGCGAAGCGGACGGAGGAGCUGCAUUUCAUCCUGCAGAGCUGCAUGAUCCGGCGGCUGAAGUCCGAAGUGUUGAGCCAGCUGCCCCCGUAUCAAAUGCAAAAAUGUCUGGAUGUGGAAGAAUGCGAGAUCUGUUUAUGCAGUUUUUGCAUGAGCCAGAUCGUCUGGCAUGCAAGCUCUAGCAUCACAGAUUUUGAGCGGGUAUCCCGAUGCCUAAUCCGCAUGACAAAUCCCCUCUCUCGGAAACAAAAGGCGCGGCCUUUUGCUGGCCAUGCGUGACAGAUUUUCUCAUGCUGUAGACUUCGCAUCACAAAUUCGAAUCCUCCCAGACCCAGACAUAUUUGCAAUUCAUACCCCGAAGACCCGGUCGAAGGUGCGCCUCCAGCAGGACGAACUCGACAAGGGAAAGCUGAAGGAACUGCAAAAAACGAUCAAAAUGCAGGAGGAAGCCAUGGAAUACGCCAUGGAACAGGGAGAGGUACUUAGAGGUCUUUGUUCUGUUUGAAUUGGCAUAAUUUUUUGUUCAGAUCAUGAUGUACAUAGUGACAAUCAAUUUUAUAAUUUCAAUGAAAAGUUUGUCCGCGACUCGCACUACGUCAUUGUUAAAGUUAUCUUUUUAGCAUCAGCUGUUGUACUCAAUUCAUCGAUCAUCAAUCUGUCACCCUCGUCGAUCAUGGCAAAAAUCCACAACCCAUCCCAACAGGGUCGCGGUCCCUCGCCCCAGAUGAUGAAACUUUUCCAGCUCACGGGGGAAGCCAAGGUUCCAGCGGUAAUUUCCUUUCUGACGGAGCUUCUCGAGAACAGUCCGAAGGAGAAGAAGUUUCUGAUUUUCGCGCACCACAUGGCGGUUUUGGACGCGAUUGACGACGCGCUGCAGACAAAAAUCAAGAUUGACAAGCAGGCAAUCGGGUUCAUGCGGAUCGACGGCCGGACGCCGCAAGACGCAAGGGGGAAACUGGUGCACGAAUUCCAGGAAACACCGGAAGUCCGGGUCGCGGUGUUGAGCAUCACGGCAUGCGGUAUAAUAAUUUUAUCUUCAUCUGUACUGUUAAACCUAAGCUCAAGUUGCGUUUCUACCGCGGCUGCUGCGACAUUUAGCCGCGCGCGGUGUCUUCACUUUAUUCCGAUGAAGAUUCUGCCACAGUACCGGUUGCCUUUCAUCUGUUUCAUAUCGAUACAUGAUUGCCAUACGAUUACGAAGGAACAAAACGAAAUUUUCCUCGCAGGUACCGGGCUGACGCUUACGGCUUCCGACCACGUGAUUUUUGCGGAGCUGUACUGGGUUCCCGGACAGAUGAUGCAGGCGGAGGACCGGGUGCACCGCAUCGGGCAGACCAAUAACGUCACCAUCCAGUACCUCUGCGCCCCGGACACCGUGGACGAAAAAAUGUUCAAAAUGCUCGACCGGAAGCGGCAAGAUACGAGCGCGGUGGUGGACGGGCGGAAUGAGAAAAUGGAUCUGGAAGACACCACGCACCAACCCCUGCCGAAGCGACAAAGAGUCGAGGAAACGAGCGACGACGAACCGGAGAUCGUGGAAGUGGUGGGAGAGGGCGGGAACAAAAAUCCUGCACGACCAGAACAGAAGCCUAGAAAUAAUUCACAGCAGAACAAGCGGCAGCCGAAGAUAACGGAUUUCUUGCAACAGAAGGCGGGAGCAGGAAACCAGGCACAACCGACAAAAGCUGCUGUAGUUCAUCCUUCAGCUGCACCUCCGCACCCGAAGCAGCCUGUAUCAAAUGUGAAAAUGUCUGGGUCUGGAAGAUUCCGAGAUUUGUCAUGCAGUUUUUCCAAGCUCCACCAAGUCUGGAAUGCAGGGCCUAGCAUCACAGGAUCUGCAGCCCCUCUGUGAUGCCUGUUCUGCAUGAGAAAUGCCCCUUCAGCAUGGCCAGAAAUGAGCACCUUUUGCAAGUCACGCAACACAGAUUUUUGUAUGAUGCGCAACAUGCAUCACAAGUUGCAUUCUUCCAGACCCAGACAUUUUUGCAUUUGAUAGCCUGUAGUUGGAGCAGAUGAAAACGCACUUGAAACCGGGGACCAUCUGGUAUGGCGUUCUCAAAAGUUACAUUCUCAACUGUUACAUGAAUUUGUAAUGCAAGACUGGCACAGGUGAGAGGGAGAGCCUUGCGCGUCUUGCAUUACAGGUUUGGUGCGGAUUACAGUGCUGUUUAUCUUCCCUCCGAGAAUUUAUCAUGCGCAGCAGCUUGAUCGUCUGGCGGGUCAUGGUCACUCUGCAUUACAAAUGAUGUAACAGUUGAGAACGCCAUAUCUGGCAGCAGUUGCUGGACUACACCCAAGAUCCUCUUCUGAUGAAUUCGGGUUUGGCGCCAAGCUGGGCGACUUCGCUCUCGGAAAGAACGAGUUCAAGACGACGCAGUGAACAAAGAACGGUGAUGGUCGAGUAUGUUGACUUCGACUUCCAUUCGGGUUUGCUAUUCCGAACUGUGUGUCCUGUUGUAGACGGACGAGCACGAAGAUAAUAUACCAAGUUUCAUCUCAGUCGCAGUAUACGUACAUCAAUCAAGUCAUUUUAUUCCAACGCUGUUGUUGAUCACAUCUACUACGCAAGGACGUAAAGAUAAUCCGAACGUCGACAUUUUUUCUAGACAUCACCGCUGUAAAGAUUGCGCACCUGCUGCUGCUGUUGCAAUACUACGUGACUCAU